UCCUACUACAAAACCAAACAAAAAAAAUGUGCUGUUCUUUUCACUCAAAAUAGAUUAAAAGCUGCAAGAGCACUUUGAGCAACAAUCUUGGAAAAACAUGCCUUUUGACUGAGCUGGAGUCUGCCCCGGAACCCUGGUGUGGCUAACAGAUGAGGUGGUGACAUGUCCUUUAUUUACUACAAGUGAAGUAAACCUGUUCUUCAAGUCCCCUGUUGAUCUGUAACCCUGGUUGCCCUUAAACUGUGUCCAGAAUACUCAGUGGACUGUAGUCAGAGAGGAGCAGGAGGAACAGUGUACUUUCUGGGGCAAACAACUACAGCUAUAAAGCAGCCCCCCCACCAGGAACAACUGACCAUGGCGCUGCGCCCACGUGCUUCCUCUCAGCCUGGAAUACUUUCCUUCUUCCAAAGUCCCAAGGUAGCUUCAGGCCUUCGACCGCGGGCUGCUUCCUCGCGGUCAGGCUCCAUGCUGGAAGAGGAGCUAUCUUGUCCCGUCUGCUGUGAGAUCUUCAAGGACCCCGUGGUGCUCAAGUGCAGCCAUAGCUUCUGCCGAGCCUGUCUUCAGCAGUUCUGGAACAAGAAGAAGGCCAGGCGCGAGUGUCCCAUCUGCAGGAGGAAGUGCUCUUUGACUGAGCCCACAGUCAGCUUGGCACUGAAGAACGUGUCUGACACCUUCCUGAGGGAGCAGGAGCGCAAGACCGGCACAGCUGGAACUUUGGCAGGGGCCGGUGAGACAGGGGAGCAAGCGGGGAUUGUGGAGGAGAAGUGCACAACACAUGGGGAAGUUCUGAAGCUCUUCUGUCUGGAUGACUUUGAAGCGCUUUGCUGUGUGUGUCACACCUCCAAGAAGCACCAGGGACACAGAGUGUGUCCUUUGGACGAGGCAGCUCAGGACCUCAAGGCAGAGAUGAAGACAGAGCUGAUUCCUAUGAAGAAAAACCUGCGUUGCCUGUAUGAAGCCAAGCAGGAGUAUGAUGACACAACUGUGCACAUCAAGAAUCAGACUCAGGCCACAGAGAAGCAGAUCAAAGAGGAGUUUGAGCAGCUGCGGGAGUUUCUGCAGAAGGAAGAGACGGCCCGACUAGCUGCCCUGCAGCAGGAGGAGGAGGAGAAGAAGGAGCUGGUGAAAAGGAAGUCAGAGAUCAUCACCAGUGCUAUCCUCACCUUCUCUCACGCUGUCAUUGCCAUUGAAAAUGAGAUUGCGUCCAGUGAUGCUCUCUUUCUUAAGAAUUAUGCCAACACUAAGAAAAGAGCGCAGAUCCCACAGAAGGAUCCAGAAAAGCUGUCAGGUGUUCUUAUGAAUGUGGCCAAGCAUGUCAGUUCCCUCAAGUACAACGUGUGGGAGAAGAUGAUGGAGCUGGUUCAGUACACAUCCAUCACCCUGGACCCCAACACUGCCUACUCCUGGUUGUCCCUCUCCGCAGACCUGACCAGUGUCACCAACAGCGGAUCCCUCCUGCAGCUCCCGGCCAAUCCUGAGCGUUUUGGCCACUUUGUAUUCGUGCUGGGCUCAAAGGGCUUCACCUCGGGCCGCCACGCCUGGGAGGUGGAGGUGGGAGACAAGUCGGACUGGAUGCUCGGGGUGGUGAAGGAGUCCAUCGACAGGAAAGGUCGUAUAUCGGGCUGUCCUGAGGGCGGCUUUUGGAUGAUCUCCCACUACGAGGGAGAGUACUCGGCCAUGACGAGGCCCAGCACUACACUGCAUCUGGAGGGAGAGCUGACCCGAGUCAGGGUGCAGCUGGACUAUGACUCUGGAGAGGUGAGCUUCUCCAACCCUAUCAGCAUGACACCCAUCUACACUUUCAACGACUUCUUCACUGAGAAGAUGUACCCCUUCUUCUGCCCUGGAGCCAACAUCAAUGGCAAUAACCCCAAACCACUUAAAAUCUGCCCCGCUAAGGUGGCUGUGUGGAACAGCGCCACAUGGUGAUGUGAGAACGCCUUACAAAGGAUCUGAGUAUUUCAAAUUUAAGAAAUUACUCGAAUAUGAAUCAAAUCAUUUAGGGUGAUGAUGUGCAUGUUUGUGUGUAAAAUGAAGACGAUACAAGCAAAGUAAUUAGAAC